AUGCACGGCAUGGAUAUGAGCUCGAGCAGCUCGAGCAAUGAGUGCAAAAUUUCCAUGCUCUUCAAUUGGUACACCAUCGAUGCUUGCUUUCUUUCUGAGGGAUGGCAGAUUCAAAAUAAUGGCAUGUUUUCUGCGACAUGUAUUGGUGUGAUCCUUCUUGUGGUGCUUGUGGAAGCCUUCCGGCGGAUUGGCAAGGAGUACGAUAAUUUCUUGACGCGCCAGUUCGAGCGCCAAGCGGUGGCGCAAAAGGCCGCAUUCGUCGCGAAUUGCGUCGAUAAAUCCACCAUGACCGGGCGCGCGAUUCGCUUUCGUGUGACCCCCUUGCAGCAAUUGGCGCGGGCGCUGAUUCAUGCUUUGACCUUUGGAGGCGCCUAUAUCGUGAUGCUGCUUGCCAUGUAUUUCAACGUCUACGUGAUCAUUUGCAUCUUCAUCGGAGCGGGACUUGGCAAAUUCUUGUGUGAUUGGAUGGUGGUGCAGAUCGACCUCAAUUCGAUCCGGGAAGAGGCCAAAGGUGUCGAGGAAACUACGCUAGCGACCAUGUUCAUGUAUAUUGAGUUCAAGCUUGCAUAG